AUGCCGUCAGGCAGGGAGAAGGUAAACGGCCGGGCGCCUGCCGACGUCGUCUGUCUAGAGGACGGUGUACAAAAUAAUAGCGUGGAAACAAACAACGGAACUAAGAAACAAGCGCAGCGUCGGUACUCGCCGUCUGGCAUACACGAUGUGUCGGAUAUAGCGGCAGACUAUGCGUUAAGUGCUACUAGGGUGGCAUCACUACGGCAGGUGAUAAAUGGACAUAGCGAUGGGGUGUCUAAGCUUCUCCUUUCUAGCAGGGAUACACUCGAGAGAAGAGCGCAGAUAGAAUCGGCUUUCCGUGCGUGCAGGGAGGCUUUUGUAGAAAUUACAACCGCUUAUCUUGCCUUGCUCGAGGGCAACUCUGUGUCUCUGCGCACUUCUCUCUCGGAGGCAGUCAGGGGAGCCGUGGACGAUGCAAUGACGGAUGCUUGCAGUAGGCUUGCAUCGUGCGUGCAGGGGGAUACGUCGGCGAUGUGCGCGGGUGGCGGGGUGGAUGGUGCUCCUGCACGCUCCUAUGCGGCGGUGGCUGCUGUUGAGCCGGCGGGGGUGCGUUUGGCGGGUGGUUCCUCAAUCACAGUGCCAAAGACAAUUAGUCUUAUUGUUAAACCUAGAGAAGGCUUCUCGGCAAAUUUUAAAUCGUCGCAUGAAACUAAGAUCGCUUUACAAAAAGUCAUUAGGCCGUCUGAUUACAAUUUACGCGUGAAAAGAAUCUCGUCAGCGAGAAAUAAUGGUGUGCGAAUAGAGGCGCUCUCGGUUGAUCUGCAGAGGAUGGCAGUGUCGAGGGAGCUUGGAGAUGCGGGGCUUGUGCUUGAGCAGGAGGGCAAGCAGAACCCAAGGCUUAGGAUUCGUGGAGUGCCGCGUGACAUGACUCCUGAGGAAAUACAGGACGAAAUCAUAUCGUUGAACCUUGCGGAUUAUGAGGAGCCAAGUGUUAAGGUAAAAUACAUUUUUCCGCACAAAGAUGACAGGCGCACCACCGACUGUGUCGUCGAGGUCACACCGGAAGUAAGAGCUGUUCUUCUCAAAAAUAAAGGUGUCUACAUAGGAUACAAUUCCUGUGGCAUUACCGAUCAUGUCAGAGUGCUACAAUGUUUCAAAUGCUUGGCCUUUGGGCAUGUUGCGAGGAUCUGUCGGUUCAUGCCACUAUGUGGACACUGCGCGGGAGGUCACGAAACCAAGGACUGCAAAAGCAGCAGCAGAGCCCAGGCUUGUGGAAACUGUAAACGAUGGACACCGCAGGUGGACACACAACACUCGGCGCUGGACAGUCGGAAUUGCCCUAUCUUGCGCAAGCGUAUUUUGGACAGGAUCAACAACACGAAUUAUGGAUAG